AUGGCAGAUAUAUCACUCCCACCUAUUCACCUUCUCUCGUUGUCAUCUUCGAGGUAUGGACCGUCGGGGAGGCUCCCUAUCGAGCUUUUGUCAGAGAUUUUUCUCUUUUGUGUGGAUGAUGGGAUCGACGAUAUCAACACCAUCCAUACACCACUUCUUCUCUCCAAGAUCUGCUCGCGAUGGCGAGCGGCAGCGAUCAGCAACCACCAGUUAUGGUCCCGUCUCUCCAUUCAGCUCAGAGGCACCGGAUCGAACAGAGAUCCUACACUCAUCGACACUUGGCUCGCCCGAUCGGGUGCGUGCCCGUUGACCGUCUAUGUCUUUUGGGAAGAGCCGCCGUUCGCAGAUACGCACGUCGUCCUGGAGAAGCUCAUGCAACACUCAGAGCGUUGGCACACAAUGUUCUUUUACAUGCCUUAUCAAGCGUUUCAGUCGUUUUCCAGUGUCCGUGGACGCCUGCCUGUCCUGACGGACCUCAGCCUCGGGACGGACGACGAAAUAGAAUCCCGCCCAAGGAAUCUCGACAUGUUUGAGGUUGCACCCCGCCUACGCUCCAUCGAAUGCGUCAAUCUUUCGCCGACCAUCUUCAAGUUCCCAUGGGCGCAACUGCACGAUAUUCCGUUGCUGUCUGGGAAUAUUAGCGAAUGUCUAGACAUGCUACACCGUGGCAGGAGCCUCUCCAAAGUGUCCUUUAUCUUCGUCGAGGGCGGUCCUCAAGCCCCACCACCACCUCCGGUCGUCAACGGCACCGGAGCAGUGAUCGUCCUCCCUCAUUCACCUGGUCUGCCGGCUCACUACCCGACCGUGUAUCAUAAUCACCUAACGUGCUUCACAAUCAUGACGCCACAGUGGAAUGAGCACGUCGACCUCCGGCCACUUUUCCCGCACCUCAAAUUUCCGCACCUCGAUACGCUCAGCAUAUGCAACCUCAAGUCGGCAUUCGGAAACGAGUUUACUCAGUUCCUCUCGAGCCUCCAUACGCUGAAGACGUUGCAUCUGCGAAAGACAGCGCUCCCGGACGAUGAGCUGGUAGAAGGGUUGAAGCAUGUACCGUCGCUCACACAUCUGAUCGUGAUCUCAGCAGCGGCGUGCUGUUGCUCUGGCAGUAGGGACGCGGGGAUUAGCAGAGAUGCGAAUGGAUACCAAGAAGAAGAGGUGACGGUGACGCGGUACCUCCUAGAGGCUCUGACGCGCAAUUUCUUCUCGAACGACGCUAUGGACGGCAUGCUCCUACCGAAACUGCGGAACCUGGAGCUCACCGUCAGCUCACCGGCCUUGCGAGAGCUCGACACGUUCGUUGACAUGCUUCAGAGCCGCCUGCGCGACGACGAACUCGAAGGUCUCGCGCGACUCGAGCAUGUUCGCGUGCGCCCGUCUGUGGAUUUGGACGAUGAGUUCCUGAUACGCUUGAUUGAAUUGCGCGAUCAGGGAUUGGAGGUGGAGGUGGAGACGAUGCCCGAGAUGCGAUCGGUACUCUCCACCUUCCUCACUUCUACGGUGUUUGCCCCCAUCGCUUCGAUCAACACAGAUAUUGGAACCAGCCAGAUAUCUCGUCAACUUCCCUCAGGCCUCUACCUCAUGUUCGAGCAGAAUGGGCGGAUAUGGGCCGGAUCCUAUGUUCUCACGAUCGAACCACCACCAUCAACGCCAGCGAGCCAGCUCACUGUCCAGUCGGAGAGCGACGAGGCUAAGACCAGCCACCAGAAGACGUCUCCUCACACAAAGAGAACCGUGAAAAGAGGACGUACUAAGUACACACCUGCAACCGAGGAUGGACCAACGUCCCCAGCCUUCCUUCCACCACACACCCAAUUACUGCCACUCGAAGGGUUGCCCGCUGAGUCACCCCACCACGCACCACCACCGUGGACGCAGCCCGAGCCUGUUGCGGCCCAGGUCAAGCACCUCGAGUCGUUGCUGGACUCUGUCCUAGCAACACUCGUCAUCAUACGGGCUGCCACCAACACCGCAGUCACUCUUAGUGACCACUCGAAACGAGUACUCAAAAUGCUCGACACCCUCUUGCCACUGGAGGACCCAGCACACGCCACAGACAACCUGACCGCCCCAGCUCCUACACCAGAGCUAGCAAGCCACCCCAAGCAGUCAUACGCAGAUGCGGCCAAAUCCUGCCAACCUGAAGUCACCUCGAGACCAACGAACCAUGCAAGAUCGUCACCAGCUGGCGCCACUGCACACCACAGACCCUCUGUUGCCAAACAGAGGCCUCGUCGUCCGCACCCUCACUCCACCAGUCGACUCAUUGCAAGAUGGGAUGGGCACCCAGUACCCCAGACAUCGUCAUCACUCAGCAUGUUUGUUAGACACCUCAACGGCGUGUUCAACCUUGAACGCAACCCAGCAUCCCGAGGGGAGACACCCAGGAAAAUCCUUGCCGCCAACAUCACAAAGUCGGGUAACAUGGUUAUUCACACUAUCAAUGAUGCAGUAGCAGCAGAGCUCCAAGCACAUCCCCAAAUGAUACACGACUGUGCCAGAGUCAUCCCUGACUUCAGCUGCCCAUCUUAUCUCCCAGUUCUAGACAUAGACAUUCCGUGGCAUGGUAUCGUUAUUCACGAUCUUCCUGCAGUAUCCCUCAGGCAAUCCUUCGACGCUGCUGACUCAAAAGAUGACAUCUGGACGAUGCUGGAGGAGGAGGGAGGCGUGGUAAGUAAGGACAUCAGAGGUAAUCUCAGGGUUCUGUGUCGAGAUGGAGAGGAAUUCGAGAAGGAGCACCUGUCAAUGCUGGUCAGGUUCAAAGACCAGCAUGUCUGUGAUCGCCUUCAUCGGAACGGUAUCUUCCUGCUUGGAUCGUGGCACCGGGUCUCCCGCUACUGCGAAAGGAAGAAACGGAGGGUACCCACUACCUCUCCAACGCCUACCCCCUCAAACACUACAUAA